GAUGCAUGCUGGCUAGACUCCUGCACUUGGAAGGGAUCGAUGCUACAGUCUUUGAGGGAGAAGCGGCUCCCAACUACCGGAGUCAGGGCGGGACCCUUGAUCUCCACACCGAUACUGGCCUGGCUGCCAUGAAAGCUGCCCAGCUCUGGGACGAAUUUCUGAAGUAUGCUCGCUAUGACGGGCAGUAUCUGGCAAUCGUCGACAAGGACCUGGACCACUUGUUUGUGCGCCAUCCUGGCAACGGGAAAGAGAUCGCGGGAGAGAGUCCCGAGAUUGACCGGUCCAGGCUCCGUCAGAUACUGACCGAAUCGGUUCCUGAGGGAAUGAUCCGCUGGGGACGUCGGUUGAAGAAGGUGGAAGGCAAGACGCUCAUCUUUGAGAAUUCGACAGAAACGGGAUUCGAUCUGAUUGUUGGUGCUGAUGGGGCCUGGAGUAAGGCUCGCCAGGCCGUUGAUCCCACCUUACAACCUCAAUACGUUGGUGUCGGCAUGUAUCACCUCACCAUCCCCGACGCCGAAGAGACUGCGCCCGAAACCUGCAAACUAGUAAAUCGAGGCAGCCUCUUUGCUCACAGUGAAGGACAGCGACUUACGGUCCAGCAGAUGGGCGAUGGAAGUCUGGAUGUCCACGUCACCUUCCGUCGAGAUGACCCGGAUUGGAUGAAGGAAGAAAAGUGCGGGAUCGAUUCGACAAAUCUCGAACAAGUCAAGAAGGAGCUUCUGCAAAAAGAUUUCAGUGGGUGGUGCCCUGAGCUUAAAGAUGCGAUAAGCAGUGCCGAGGGUCCCUGCGUACCACGAUCUCAUCACAUUCUCCCGAUCGGAACGCAUUGGGAGCAUGUUGACGGGUUGACACUCAUAGGGGAUGCAGCCCAUCUCAUGACACCUUACGCGGGCGAGGGCGUCAACCUAGCUCUGGAGGACGCGAUGCUGCUAGCAAAGGCAAUCGCCAACGCUUCCAACGGCCCGAACACGCUCGACGAAGAGGUCCGCCUAUUUGAGAACAACAUGUUCGUCCGGGCCAAGAAAGUACAGCAACUCUCCGACAAUCUCUGUAAGGAUUGGCUGUUCACGCCCGGUGCUCCGAGAUCACAUGCGAAUUAUCGCUCCAGCCUCAGGAUGGACAAUUCCCAGGCGCCUCUGAUCUCCAAUAACCGCCGGGACAGCGAGGGCGAGUUCGAGGAUGAGGAUCUCGCGAGCGAGAUCGGCAUCGCACAGCCAAAGAGCGACCGGCCGGGGAUAUUCGUGCUUGCUCUCACAUUCGCAGCCGGCAUCAGCGGGCUCCUCUUUGGAUAUGACACCGGUGUGAUUUCCGCGACCCUCGUUUCCGUCGGUACAUCGCUCUCCGACCGCAACCUGACGUCCCUGGACAAGUCGAUCAUCACAUCUUCGACGUCCCUCUUCGCCCUGCUCAUAUCUCCGUUCUCUUCCGUUCUCGCCGACAAGCUGGGCCGCAAACGAGUGAUGAUAUACGCGGAUAUUCUCUUCCUUGGCGGCGCCCUCAUCCAGGCCAUGUCCAAGUCUGUCCUCGUCAUGACCAUCGGGCGAUGCAUUGUCGGAUCCGCGGUAGGGGCUGCAAGCUUCGUUGUGCCAUUGUACAUCGCCGAAUUGGCACCUGCGUCGCACCGCGGAAGGCUUGUGACGCUGAACUCUGUCUUCAUCACAGGUGGGCAAGUAGUUGCCUACGUCGUGGGCUGGCUAUUCUCGGCCUUUGGCUCCAAAGCGACAGGAUGGAGGUGGAUGGUCGGUCUAGGUGGCGUCCCUGCCGCCAUCCAGCUUGCCGUAGUCUUGUUCAUGCCCGAAACCCCAAGAUGGCUGAUUAAGGAGGGGAGGAUGAACGACGCGAGACAUGUCAUUCAGAAAGUCAAUGGCUCGUCGUCCUCCUUCGACAUUGAUGAGGUGAUGAGGGAGAUUGAACUCGAGGCCCGUGAAGAGGAGCUUGCCCAGAACUCCCGUCCAGGUGACAGAUCAUUCCUGGCAGGGUGGAAGCUCUUGUUCAGUGAGGGGAAGCAUCGCCGUGCCCUCGCAAUUGCAUGUGGUCUACAGGGGCUCCAGCAGCUGUGCGGUUUUAACUCACUAAUGUACUUCUCCGCUACCAUCUUCACAAUCGUCGGCUUCAGCAGCCCUACACUGACUUCACUUACGGUUGCCGUAACCAACUUCAUCUUUACGAUAGUUGCCCUCGGCCUCAUUGACCGCAUUGGACGGCGACGCAUCCUCUUAUACACAAUCCCAAUCAUGACGAUAGGACUGCUUCUGUCGGCAUUCGGGUUCUCGUUCAUCGAUCUCAGCGCAUCGACCACUAUCCAACGAGCCGAAGGAACGGGAUCUGCCGGUCACGGAGGUAUCGCGGCCACGAUAAUCCUAAUCAGCAUCAUGCUUUACGUCGCAUCGUACGCCGUCGGCCUCGGAAACGUCCCUUGGAUGCAGAGCGAGCUGUUCCCCCUAUCGGUGCGGUCGAAGGGCAGCGGCCUCGCAACAGCGACCAACUGGGGCGCCAACUUCGUCGUCGGGCUGACGUUCCUCCCGCUGAUGGAUCUGCUGUCGCCGAGCUGGACGUUUGUCCUGUACGCCAUCGUCUGCGUCGCCGGGUACGCGAUGAUAUGGCGGAUCUACCCCGAAACGGCGGGACUGAGCUUGGAGGCGGCAACGGCGCUGCUGGAGCACGGCUGGGGCGUUAGG